GCUUGUUCGUCCAUAAUGAUAUCAUUGGGAUCCAAUAAAAGAUCACGUGAACUGAACCUUUUAUAUUUUCUCUUACUACAGUCAUCAAUGCAAAUCAAACGACAAAGAUCUAAUGAUAGCUUAUCUUUUGCUCCCAAUGACUUUCAGUUCAAUUUUGUUCCUAAAACUCAAUCUAAUCAACGCAUCUUUGAUAGUGACAUCCCGGAAGCUACUAGAGAACUAAGCGCAAUCACACUAACAAAAAGAUACCAGAACCGUAUAAAAAAGCAAUUCAAUAUUCAUCAAUGGACUAUACCACGGCCAACUCCAAAUCGACAUGAAUCAGUCUUAGUAAAGCAUCAGAAUGUCGCAUAUACCCUUGUUAUUUAUUCUCAAGCACUCUUUAAUAUUAUCUUAUCUCUUGCUAUGCUUUAUGUAUUUAUACAAAUCAUUGUGAUUCUCAGACAUGAUUUUAAUAUCAAAGUCGAUGAGCAGUUGGAAGGAAUAAGACAAGAUAUUAAAGAAUGCACAAGGAAUUAUGCACUAAAUCACUGUGAGCUAGUAGAAAAAGUACCCGCUAUCGAAAGAUUGUGUCAGGAUUGGAAAGUGUGUAUGGAGAAGGAUGUUGUGGUUGCAAAGGCAAAAAUAUCAGUAGAAGUGAUUGCAGAGAUUAUUAAUAGCUUUACAGAACCAAUAUCAUAUAAAACCAUGUUGUUUUUUUCAAUUUUGACCGUUGGCUCGCUCAUCUUUUCAAAUAUGGCAAUUGGAGUCUACAAAAAGAAUCAUACAAGGCAUGAACCAUUGGCUAUUACACAUCAUCAAAAUUCAUUUAACAGCAAGAAUUAAUUAUUUUACAUAAACAUGUAGAUCAAGCAUAAUAUCUUACAAGCGUGUGUGUUUAUGUGUAUGGCAGCCAUUUUGAUCUCAGACUGUCUUUUUUUUUU